CUCCCCUUCCCUCUGAAAAAAAAAUAGCUUUUUUCCCCUCCCCAAAUUCUGGGGGCUGCUCCCUUGCUGCUCCCAUAAAUUCUGGGCUUGUGUCCCCCUCCCCCAAUUGUUGGGGGCAUCUGCUGUCGACAGUUGGCGAAUUCUUUAGAGGGGAUUUGGGGAGACCACCUUCUGCGUCGGAGCACCUGGGCCUCCCAGGGUGUCCGCCCCCUUUGAAGGGGACCGGAGUACCUAGACAGUGUCCUUUGUAUUCUCUCUGUGAUCCCCCCCCUCACCCCGAUCCGAGGCCUCAGUCGUGUUUCCACACACACACACACACACACACACACACACACACACACACACACACACACACACACACUCAAACACACACCCCUAGCCCAGCCCUAGUAGCGAGGCCAUGGCGAAGAAGACCACAGAGAACGGCAUCUACAGCGUGUCCAGAGAAAAGAAGGGCUCUCUUCUGGACCCCGCGGACGGGGCCCCCCAAGUCAAGGCCGAGGUGGUGGCCGCCGGGCUGGGGGGCCCGGGCCCGGGCCUGGCCAUCCCGCCCCGGGAGACAUGGACCCGCCAGAUGGACUUCAUCAUGUCUUGUGUGGGUUUCGCGGUGGGCCUUGGCAACGUCUGGCGUUUCCCGUACCUGUGCUACAAAAACGGCGGAGGAGUAUUCCUUAUCCCCUAUCUUCUGAUUGCUGUUCUGGGAGGUAUCCCCAUCUUCUUCCUGGAGAUCUCGCUGGGCCAGUUUAUGAAAGCUGGCAGCAUCAAUGCUUGGAACAUCUGCCCCCUCUUCAAAGGCCUAGGUUUUGCCUCCAUGGUGAUUGUCUUCUAUUGCAACACUUACUACAUUAUGGUGCUGGCCUGGGGUUUCUACUACCUGGUGAAGUCCUUCACGGCCUCACUGCCCUGGGCCACCUGUGGGCAUGACUGGAACACCCCAGAGUGUGUGGAGAUCUUCCGCCAGGAGGACUGUGCCAAUGCCAGCGUGGCCAACCUCACCUGUGACCAACUCUCAGAUCAGCGCUCCCCUGUCAUUGACUUCUGGGAAAAGAAAGUCCUUCGCCUGUCCCCAGGUCUCGAGGUUCCUGGGGAUCUCAACUGGGAGGUGACCCUCUGCCUUCUAGCCUGUUGGGUUUUGGUCUACUUCUGUGUCUGGAAGGGAGUCAAGUCGUCUGGAAAGAUUGUUUAUUUCACUGCUACAUUCCCGUAUGUUGUCCUCCUUGUCCUGCUGGUGAGGGGGGUCAUGCUGCCAGGAGCAUUGGAUGGCAUCAUCUAUUAUCUCAAGCCUGACUGGUCAAAGCUGGGAUCUCCACAGGUGUGGAUUGAUGCUGGUACACAGAUCUUCUUUUCCUAUGCCAUCGGCCUGGGGGCACUCACAGCUCUGGGCAGCUACAAUCGUUUUAACAACAACUGCUACAAGGACGCCAUCAUACUCGCACUCAUCAACAGUGGUACCAGCUUCUUUGCCGGUUUUGUGGUGUUCUCCAUCCUAGGCUUCAUGGCCAUGGAACAGGGUGUGCACAUCUCCAAGGUGGCUGAGUCAGGACCAGGGUUGGCCUUCAUUGCCUAUCCCCGGGCCGUCACCCUGAUGCCCAUGGCCCCGCUCUGGGCUGCCCUCUUCUUUUUCAUGUUACUGAUGCUUGGCCUGGAUAGCCAGUUCGUAGGGGUAGAAGGAUUCAUCACUGGCAUCCUGGAUCUCCUCCCGGCCUCCUACUAUUUUCGUUUCCAGAGGGAGAUCUCUGUAGCUCUGUGCUGCGUAAUCUGCUUCAUCAUUGACCUCUCCAUGGUUACUGAAGGCGGCAUGUACGUCUUCCAGCUGUUUGACUACUAUUCAGCCAGCGGUGUGACUUUGCUGUGGCAGGCUUUCUGGGAGUGUGCAGUGGUUGCCUGGGUUUAUGGUGCUGACCGGUUCAUGGAUGAUGUUGCCUGUAUGAUCGGCUACCGGCCUUACCCUUGGAUGAAAUGGUGCUGGUCCUUCUUCACCCCACUGGUCUGCAUGGGCAUCUUCACCUUCAACGUGGCGUAUUACAAGCCACUUGUAUACAACAACACCUAUGUGUACCCGUGGUGGGGCGAAGCAGUGGGCUGGUGCUUCGCCUUUUCCUCCAUGCUGUGUGUGCCACUUUACCUACUCUAUCACCUCCUCGGGGCCAAGGGGACAUUCAUUGAGCGUUGGCGUGACCUGACCCAGCCAGUGUGGGGUCUCCAUCACUUGGAGUACAAGGCUCAGGACUCUGAUGUCAGGGGCCUGACCACCCUGACUCCAGUGUCUGAGAGCAGCAAGGUCAUCGUGGUGGAGAGCGUCAUGUGACCUGCCCUUGAGGGGGUGGGGCAGGAAGGGGGCACCUGCCUCUACCCCAGUGCCCAAAGCCAAUGGGGAGACAGCCACGGCUCUCCCUCUCCUUUGCCUACUCCCCCCCCACCAGCCUCCCUUCUUGUAGCCAUAGUAAACCCCCCUCUCACUCCUUUCAACCCCCCUCACUGAGACCCUGGGGAGGGGGGAGCCUUUUAUGUAUGAUAUUGAUAGAGGGGACCCGGGUCAGGCUGGGGCCACAGUGUAUGAGUGCUUGAGUUAAACUGGUUUUCUCUUUCUUUUUUAAAAUAAAAACCAAAAAAAAAAUAAAAUUUUAAAAACACCCACCAAAAUCUAGACCCCACCCCCCAACCCCCACCCAUGGCACCGAGUCUAGUUAGUGGGUUUUUCUCACUUAAUUUGCCAUCCCACCCCCCCACCCCCCCAGCUGGGGAGAAAGUUGACCUCCAGAGGAGCAAACACCUUUUGGGAUUGGGACUCCCUUGACCCCCUGGGCCUACAAUUGGGUCCCCUCCAUCCUACAUGGAAGCCAGCUGCAGCUGUGUGUAUCUGUUGUAUCUGUGUGUGUUGUGGUGUGUGUCUGUGUGGUGUGUUGUGUGUAUAGCAAUUCAGCUGGAAUAAAUAAUGAGUCUCUUUCCUCCUCCCAACCCCUCCCAGAGCUUUGUUGGCUAGGUGUCUUCUGGCCCAGAUCCUCAAGACCAAUUUCCUGACAACCCCCAAGAUCAAGGUUUGUGUGGGUGGGUGGGUGGUGUUUUGCGUGCGCAUGUAUGUGUACAUAUAUACAGUGGCUAUAUAUAUAUAUACAGUAUAUAGAUAUAUAUAAUACAUAUAUAUAUACAGUAUAGAUAUAUAUGGAAUUGAGAAUACCAGGUGUAAAUUAUGCCUGAGGGCAAAGACUUGUAUUUUGCACAUUUUGUAAAAACUAAGGAGUGAUUUCUGCCUGUAUAUUUCUAAAAAGAGAAACAACCCUCCACCCCCAACCCCAAGAGAGCCUGAUAGAGAUCUAAUUUUGUUAGAAAAAAAAAAGCUGAAAAAAAGCCUCAUCCUGGUUUUUUGUCACAGGUUUUUUGGUCUUCAGGUCUUGUUCACUACCAAGAGUGGUGAGGGGAGUUCAGGUCUGGGAGGCAAUAUUGCCUGCCUUGUGGCAUGGUGCCCAGUAUUCUAUGUAGGUUGAGGCCUGGCCUUUUCGGAGGGAGGGAAGGGGCGUCUCCCAAAACACCAGCCUGGCACAGCCCAAGGUGCCACUGUUCACACCCCCACCCCAGCCCCAGCCCCUUCCCUUAAUGCCAUCCCAGGAAGGGAAGGGUAAUAGAUCUGGGGAAGGAAAGGGGCACUGGAGGGUACCUCAGAAUCCCUGCCCAUGUCUCCCCCCCACCCUCCAUGUCUGAUGCACUUUGCAUAUCUCAGUCUUCCACAUAGAAGCUUUAAUCUGCCUUGUGUCAAAAAGCAAAAACCCCGACAGACAGCCAAAAUGGGGCCCCACAAAGCCCAGGCCCACUCUAGGUCUUGGGGGGGCCCUGGGAUGUUGUGACUGCUAAAAAAAAAAGCCACCUGCAAACAUAGCAAUAAAGACAUGUCAUUUUUCAAA